AUGAGCAAGUCACAUCCGUUUUUGUGGACAACCCAUUGUGUUUGUAUGUCUAUUUUGACAUGGGAUGAGACCCCUGUGCGCAUACCAGUGCUACUGCUGUUCAUAUACAGUGCGCCUAUCGGUGCGUCACUGCCUACCGGUGCCGCCCAUACCCGCUCGCAACGGCCAAUGCCAACUCUAUUUGCCACUUGGUUGCCUGUGGCGUUCAACGGCACCGAACAGGCCUACUAUCCGUACGGCUACCACCUGUCCAACAAUAGUCUAUACAACACGUCACCCGUCGGUGCCGGGGGUGGAAGUGGCAACGGGGGCUCGUGUACGCCACCCGGACACUCGGGCUCAGCCGUAUCGCCGUACAGUAUGCUGAACGCGGCGGCAAAAUCCAUGCGCUACGGCCACCCCUACGGCCCGGCCGUGCAAUAUCCGGCCAGUUUGGGAGGGGUCGGCGGUGGCGGGGCCUCUAUGAUGGUGGGCGGCGGUGGCGGUAUGUCCGGCAAAGAGAUGGUCAAACCACCAUACUCGUACAUCGCGCUCAUCACCAUGGCCAUUAACGGCGCGCCCGACAAAAAAGUCACCCUCAACGGUAUCUACCAGUUUAUCAUGGACAAAUUCCCCUUUUAUAGGGAAAACAAACAAGGUUGGCAGAAUAGUAUCAGGCACAAUUUGUCGCUCAACGAGUGUUUCAUCAAGAUCGCGCGGGACGAUAAGAAACCGGGCAAGGGCAGCUACUGGACGCUCGACCCGGACAGUGUCAAUAUGUUUGAUAAUGGUAGUUAUUUGCGCCGCCGGCGCAGGUUCAAGAAAAAGGACACUGGUAAAGAGAAAGACCAGCCUGGUGGUGAGUUACAGGGUGGGGGUGCCGGGGCUAAGGCCGAUAGGCUUAGACAGUGUGCCGGCGGUGGAGGUGCUAAUAGUGGCUGUCAGUCGUCGACCGGCGCGGCGGCCAAAGACAGCAAACGUGAUAAUCAUAUGAAAUCGGGCGACGAUGUGCUGGCGCUGAAGGCCAGCACCGGUGCUAACAAUAGUAAUCAUCAUAACAGCGCUGGUAGCGGUAGUGGUGGUGCACAUAGAGUUAACAGUAGUAAUAGUAGUGGUAGUCGCGGAUCAUCUGCGUUAAGGCUGGCCACUAAUCCGUACUCUAUGGCCAACACAACCGCCCGAUCGGUCAUAUCGAUGGCCAAUAGCAGCGGUGAUGGUGGUGGUCAGGGGCUGCAACAACAACAGCCUGUCCAUCACCAACAGCACAUACCGGUGCCCAACAAUAACAUAUCGGCCCAAACGCGACUUUUGCACCAAAUCAUCAACAAUGGCAUCAAUAGCUGUACAGAUACUGGCAAUCAGGGCCUACUGUUGACUACCAGUGCCGGACUAUUGGCCAAGAAGGAGGUGCUGGACAACUUUACCGUCGAUGGCCUGAUGGCCAGCGCCCGUAAUAACGGUUCCGGUGGCGGCCUAUUAAACCGGGCCAACUGUCUGUACGGCUCGUGCGGCGGAUCGCCCACCGGUGGCGGCGCUACCGACGACUCCAGCCCUCACAACAACUACUGCCAGUCGCCGCCCGUACCGCUUGACCCCACACAACAGCACCACCCCCUACACCAUCAUUACGACCGGGACAUUGGCCACCCCGGGGGUCACCCCCAUCACCAGUCCAUGGGUAUAGUGAUCGAGGACAUUAGCGCCACCGCCAUGAGCACCAGUGCCGGCCAUUUGACAGUUCAGGCCACAGCCACGGCCAGUCUCGCCGGCACUGGGAGUCCCAUCGUUUACGAUCACCACAGGGCUAACGGCUGGUACGGCAGCUCAGGCGACGGCGGUUCGCCUACCGAUUGUGAUAUACCGGUGGGCGCCGGCGGCCCUCAGGCCACUGCCCAACAACUGUACGCCAACGCCUGUAUGCGGGCGGCUGUGGCCGCCGACUUGUAUGCGGCCGAUAGACUGUCGGCAACCACCACAGGUGCGGACAGCGAUGACCAACACUCGCCGCCGGUGAACAAUACUAAUGGCAAUAGUAAUGGUAAUAAUAGUGGUGUGAAUAGUGCCGGUUGUGUAGCGCAGGCUUCCCAUAGUAAUAGCGUUACGCCCGAUGGUUAUCAGCCGACAAGCGGGUCCGGGAGUCCAGUGGCCACCGCUGCCACACCCGCUGGUGGGCCCACCGCCUCCUAUUUCGCCCGUUUCUAG